AUGGACGAAGAAAGCUCCAUGAUCCAGGCGAUUUCUACGCACAAAGGGGUCUACAAGGUGAAGAGACUAAUGUUCGGAGUUAAAACUGCUCCAUCUGCAUGGCAACGAUUCAUGGACAAAUUGAUGCAAGAUUUAGACGGUGUCGUUUGUUUUUUCGACGAUAUCGCAGUUCAGGGUGCAACUAUGGAAGAAUUAUAUCAUCGUCUACGCGCAGUUAUGCAGAGACUAACAUCUAAAUUGUAUCCUUUAUACCAAUUAUUAAAAACGAAUGUUAAAUUCAUAUGGAGUAAACAAUGCGAAAAUGUAUUUGUUGACCUCAAGAAAACCCUUACAAGUACAGAAGUUCUAACGCCAUUCGAUCCUGAAUUACCAUUAACAUUGGCUACAGACGCUUCACCCACAGGACUUGGUGCUGUUAUUUCCCAUACGAUGUCGGAUGGAAGUGAACGACCAAUAGCCUACGCUUCAAGAUCCUUAAAGAAAGCAGAACAAAACUACAGCCAACUAGAGAGGGAAGCCACUGCGAUAGUUUGGGGAAUGCGUAAAUUCUUUCAUUAUUGUUAUGGACGACGAUUUACGUUGAUAACAGACAAUCAACCACUAGUGCGAAUUUUUCAUCCACAAAAAGAUUUACCUGCUACUUCAGCUAUUCGUUUAAUCCAUUAUGCUAACUAUAUUUCAGGUUUUAAUUAUGAAAUAAAAUACCGCAACACCAAGGCUCAUGCUAACGUGGAUUACUUAUCCAGAAUGCCAGUUUCUAAGUCAUCAUUUUUAAAUCAUGAUUCACAUGAAUUAUUCCAAAUCAACGAAAUCGAACAAUUACCUAUAACGAAAAAUGAAAUACGAAGAAGAACACUUCGAGAUCCAUUGCUGAAGAAGAUUUAUAUUGCUAUAGAGACGGACGGUGAAAUGCCAAAAGGAUUUCCUCGAGAAGAAUUCACCAUUCAAGACGGAUGUUUAUUACGAGGAAUUCGAGUAGCGAUACCAGAGGAAUUCCGACAACAAAUUCUAGAAGAAUUACAUCAGUCACAUGCUGGAAUCGUAAGAAUGAAAUCUCUAGCACGAAGUUACGUAUGGUGGCCAGUUGUUAAUAAUCCUACUAAAAGUAUUGUUCAUCCUUGGGAUUAUGCAACCAAACCAUGGCAGCGUUUGCACAUAGACUACGCUGGACCAUUUCAUGGUACUUAUUUAUUCAUCUUAGUCGAUUCUUACUCGAAAUGGCUAGAAGUAAUACCUACUAAGUCAAUAACAUCGUCAAUUACCAUUAAUAUUCUUAGAGAAAUAUUCUCAAGAUUUGGAUUACCGUAUACAAUUGUAUCAGAUAAUGGUACUAAUUUCACAUCACACGAAUUCAAGAAUUUCUUAAAAUCUAAUGGAAUAAAUCAUAAAUUAACUGCUCCUUACCAUCCAGCAACUAAUGGACAGGCAGAACGAUAUGUUCAAACAGUUAAGAACAGUUUGCGAGCACAGAUUGGCGAGGGUGAUUUGUUAUUGAACCUCUGUAGAUUUCUGAUGCAAUAUAGAAAAACGCCGAAUGCAACAACUGGGAUUAGCCCGGCAGAAAUGUUGUUAAACAGAAAAAUAAGAACUACAAUAGACUUAAUACGAAGAUAUGUUGGAACCGAAAUAAAUGAGAGGAAUUUGAUGCCGACUGGAGACCGAAAAAAUAUCUUGGAAAUUGGAACUAAAGUACAAGCUAGAAAUUAUACACACCCAACUGAUAAAUGGAACUUUGGAACCAUAGUUGGUAGAAGCGGGACUCAACAUUAUGAUAUUGAAAUUCAAGGCAAAAUCCAAAGAAGACAUCGAGACCAACUUUUACCAUACGCGGGGAAGAUAAUUAAUCAAGAAAGACAAUUACCUAAAGAAGAAAUAACGCGAAAUAUUCAACAAGAAAAUCCAGAAGUUACGAAAGAAGUUCCGAAAAUUGAAACACCGUUUAAACUUCCACAAGAAAGGAAAGAAACUCCUGAGAAAACAACAAUUGUUCCUUCGAAAAUGACAAUUACACCAAUUCCCGAAUUACGACGAUCUGAAAGAAUUAGGAAAGCACCUAGCAGAUUAAAUCUUUAA